AUGGACAAUUAUGAGUUACCUGCUGAUGUAUCUUGGUACUGCUUAGUGAGAUGGCUAUCAAUAAGUAAUGUUCUUAACAGAUUUUUUGAAUUACUUGAUCCAAUAAAAGAAUUUAUGGAAGAAAAGGGAAAAUCUUUACCUGAACUUAAUGAAUCUCAAUGGUUGUUAGAUUUGGCUCCUGUUACAAAUAUAAGUCCUAACACUGCAAAUGUGGUUCAACAUUUACAAGCUCUUAAAAUAUCUUUACUAGGAGAGGAAUUACUUCUUUCUGAUUUGGCCCAAACUAAAAUUAGUGAAAGCCUUCCCGAUAUUCCUUUGAAAACUGAAGAAUACUUGUAUAAAACGUUAGGCCUUGCUGAAGAAAUGAAUCGCAGAUUUAAUGACUUGAGCGAUGGCUGUCCUGUUUCAUCACCAAUAACAAAGGGUACAGCAGCUGUAGAGUUGGAGCUACUAGAACUGCAAGAGGAUGAAGGACUAAAAGGACUUAAACUAAGUGGCGUUUCUACCAUGGAAUUUCAGAAAAAUGUAUCAGGUGAAAAAUAUCCACGAACAAAAGAGUGUGCUAUAAGACUUAUUUCAAUCUUUGGAACUACUUAUGAAUGGAAUCRUUGUAUUCUACUCUAA